AUGAGGUCUUUCACUCUUGUGUCCGCCGUUGCGGCGUUGGCACACACCGUGGCCGCUGUCACUGGCGCUGCCGAGGGCUUUGCCAAGGGCGUCACGGGUGGUGGUAACGCCAGCCCUGUGUACCCUCAGAGCACUUCUGAACUGGUGUCAUACCUCGGCGACUCUCAGGCCCGCGUCAUCAUGCUUGACCGAACCUUCGACUUCACCGGGACCGAGGGUACCGCUACCGAGGGCGGCUGCGCUCCCUGGGGUACCGGGUCCGGCUGCCAGACUGCCAUCAACAAGAACAACUGGUGCAAUACUGAGCAACCCAACGCGCCGAAGGUGAACAUCAAGUACGACAAGGCCGGCGUCCUCGGCAUCACUGUCAAGUCCAACAAGUCUCUCAUUGGAGUCGGCAACAAGGGCAUCAUCAAGGGCAAGGGCAUCCGCAUGGUCAGCGGCACCAAGAACGUCAUCAUCCAGAACAUCCACAUCACCAACCUCAACCCGCAAUACGUCUGGGGCGGCGACGCCAUCACGCUGGACAACACCGACCUAAUCUGGAUCGACCACGUCACAACCUCGCUCGUCGGCCGCCAGCACCUGGUCCUGGGCAGCAACCCCAGCGGGCGUGUCACCGUCUCCAACUGCAAGUUCGACGGCCAGACCUCCUGGUCCGCCACCUGCAACGGUUACCACUACUGGGGCAUGUACUUUACCGGCUCCAACGACAUGAUCACCUUCCAAAAGAACUACAUCUACCACAUGUCCGGCCGCUCGCCCAAGGUGGCCGGCAACACGCUGUUGCACGCGGUCAACAACUACUGGCACGACAGCCAGGGCCACUCGUUCGAGCUCAGCGGGGACGCCAAGGUGCUGGUGGAGGGCAGCGUGUUCCAGAACGUGCAGACACCGCUCGAGGCCGGCGGCUCGGGCCGGCUGUUUGCCAGCGGCAGCAGCAGCUCCGCCUGCUCCCAGUACCUCGGCCGCUCGUGCCAGGCGAAUGGGUUUGGGAGCUCGGGCGCGCUCUCCGGGUCGGAUACCUCGUUUUUGACGUACUUUGGGGGGAAGAACGUUGCGCCGGCGACGGAUUAUAAUACGGCGAAGAAUGUGGUUAAUACAGCUGGGUUUGGCAAGAUUUGA